AGGGCCCAACACACAGGACGUUAUUGCGUCAUUACGUAGCCCACUUCUCUUCUCGCGAUGACAGUUGAAUUUGAAAACAGGCGGCAGUUACACGACGAGAAAACAGAGGAAGGGGCAAAUAUGACUGCAGACAACGAACUAGACAUCAAGGAGGCGUUUCAGCGCGCUCAGAAAGGCCACAAUAACAAAGCAAAGCUGGUAGCAAGUCUGAAGAGCCGCUACAACAAGCUUGAGGACAAGUCACUGUUCCACGAGGAGUUCGUCCACUACCUGAAGUAUGCGAUGAUUGUCUACAAACGUGAGCCUGCUGUCGAAAAUGUCAUCGAGUUUGUGGCGAGGUUUGCCACGAGCUUCCAGUCUCCUCCUAAAACGGAGGAGGAAGAGGAGCAGCAGCAGGAAGGGGAGGGCGAGGAAGAAGAAGAAGAAACGGAGGAUGAUCAUCCAUUUCUGAGUUUCAUCUUCAGCUUCCUAUUGGAAUCCCAUAAAGCCAGUAGCCAUGCGGUACGUUUCCGUGCCUGCCAGCUGAUCAACAAGCUGCUGGGCAGUAUGGCAGAGAACGCCCAGAUUGACGAUGAUCUCUUUGAUCGCAUCCAUCAAGCCAUGCUGGUCCGUGUCACAGACAAGUUCCCCAAUGUGAGGAUUCAGGCAGCUUUGGCCAUGACUCGCCUUCAGCAGCCAAUGGAUCCUGACUGUCCGACCAUCAGUGCGUAUAUGUUGAUUCUGGAAAACGACUCUAAUGCUGAGGUGCGACGUGCCGUUUUGUCCUGCAUUGCAAUGGCACCUCACACCCUUCCCAAAGUACUGAAGCGCACCCGCGACAUCAAGGAGAAUGUCCGCAAGCUGGCCUACCAGGUUCUGGCUGACAAGGUUCACAUUAAAGCUCUGACCAUCGCACAGAGAGUUCGACUGCUGCAGCAAGGUCUCCGUGAUACCUCAGAAGCGGUGAGGGAGGUGGUCUGCUCGCGUCUGCUGCCGGCCUGGCUGCUUCGACUCGAUGGGAACAUCAUCGAGCUGCUCCACAGGCUGGAUGUAGAGAACUGUGCUGAAACCGCUCUGGAUACACUGAAAGCCAUUUUCCAAAGGACGUCCCCAGAAGAGCUGCUGCAGAACAAAGUGCCGCUCGACAACAGGAAACUGAUUCCAGUGGACUCUCUGACCUGUGAAAAUGUGCUGUACUGGAGAGCUCUCUGCGAGUUCAUCAAGGGUAAAGGAGACGAAGGAGAUGAAAUGCUGGAUCAAGUGUUACCAGAUGCUUCCACUUUUGCCAGCUACCUCUGUGGGUAUCUGAAGGCAGAGUUCUCAGAGGAGGUCUCGCUUUACCUGAAGGCCGUCCCUGUGCUGUUGGAGGAGCAGAGGGCUGACUUCAAGCAGCUGGAGCUGGCCAUGACCAAAGAGUUUAUCUCACAGCAGCUCAUCCAUCUUAUCGGCUGCCUGGACACCAACGAGGAGGGUGGAAGGAAGUGCAUGCUGGCUGUGCUGCAGGAAAUGUUGGCUCUCCCACAGACCCCUUCCUCUCUGGUAUUCCUGAUCACAGAGAAACUUCUCAGUCUCAUCCCCGACGACCAAAGACGCACACAAACUGUGGCAGAAAUCAUCUCGGAUGUGAGGGAGCCCAUCACAGAGACCAAUCCGCCGGUGGACGAGAGCGUGAGCCGCCGGCAGCAGGUCCAGCUUGCAGAGGUCAAGGUGCGUAUUUUGGAGGCUAAACAAACACUGGAGGACUGCAUCGCCGCCCAGGAUUUUGGCCGGGCAGCAGAGCUGAAGGACUCCAUCACAGAACUGGAAAAUCGCAGGAACCAGAUCAUCCAGGAAGCUGCGGAAAGCAAUCAGCCGUCUGACAAGGAGGCCCCCACUGAGAAGAAUGAUCCAGAGACUCUGUUGAGGUGUCUAAUCAUGUGCGCCGAACUGCUGAAGCAGAUAAACAUCAAGACACGGAUCGGUCCCACCACGAGUGCUCUGAUGUCCUCAUUGAUUUUGCCCAGCAUAGCGAACGCUCACCCUGCUGUCCGCAACAUGGCUGUGAUGUGUCUAGGAACAUGCACCCUGCACAGCAAGGAUCUGGCCAAAACCCACAUGGUCCUGCUGCUACAGAUUGCUCAGCUGGACGAGGUAAAGAUCCGUAUCAGUGCUCUGCGAGCCAUCAUCGACCUGCUCCUGCUGUUUGGCUUCCAGCUCCUCUCAGAAACACCUGCCACUCAGACGGCUCCUUCCUCCCAGUCACCAGACAAGCAGGAGGACGACGCGGCGGUGGCUGAGGGGAGGGGAGACGCUCCCGAGGACACCGCACAGAGUGUGCUCGUGAUGCUCUCAGAGUUCCUGGACUGUGAGAUGUCAGACCUGCGGACAGAGGCAGCGGAGGGCCUGGCCAAGCUCAUGUACACGGGUCGUAUCUCCAGCGCCAAGAUGUUCUCGCGCCUGGUGCUGCUGUGGUACAAUCCCGUCACAGAGGACGACACCCGCCUACGGCACUGCCUCGGCGUCUUCUUCCAGCUCUACGCCCGCGAGAGCAGGGUCCACCAGGAAGUGGUGGAGGAGAGUUUCCUGCCGACCGUUCGGACCCUGAUGAACGCCCCGGCCACUUCUCCGCUGGCUGAGGUGGAUAUAAACAAUGUGCUGGAACUCCUUGUUGAGCUGACCCGCCCCAGCGCGCUCAUUAAACCUUCGACUAACACCGAGGAGGUGUGUGUCCAUGACUACUUGGCAGUACGUAUGUGUGGCGAGAUGCUGAGAGACCCCACAGCCCCUGAAGUGCGUCUCUAUGCCAAGACUCUAAGCAACCUGGAGCUGAGCAGAGACGAGACUGUGAGGAAGGACCUGCUGACGUUGCUGCAGCAGCUUGUACAGGCUGUGAAGGAUCGUGUCUGUCUCCGUGCUCUGGAGAAGAUGGCUGGACAGCUGGUGGACUCGAAGGAACAAGCUGAUCUCCUCAGUGCCAGCGCACUACAACCUCUGGAUGUCAACGCAGACGAGGCUGCAACAGACGAUCCAUCAAAAUCUGCCAAGAGACCCAAAAGAGGUCAAAGGAAAGCCUGCUUAGCCAAAGGGGGCCGAAAGCCGAGCCGCAGGGCAGAGUCAUCAGAGGAGAGCUACAGUGAUGGAGAAAACGUCCCUCAGUCCGUUCCUUCAGUGCGACCGUCGCGGAGAGCCAAGACUGCAGCUUUGGAGAAGACUAAACUGGACCUCAACCCCCUCAUCAACCAGGAGGCCAACGUGUCCUAAACAUCUGGUUACACGUCAUACGUGUUGCCUUUACUGUUAAUUUUUACAGUUUAAAAAAAAGUCAUAAAUAUAUUUAGUCAAAAACCAGUAUUAUUGGCCUCAGUAGGUAUUGUAUGGUAUUGUGUUUCUGCUAUCCUUAACUCUUUCUGCAUGUUUUAUAAUUUUAAUCAUUAAAGUAAACUAUACAAUAUACCAGAGUUCAGUAUCUGUGAACAACUUUUUGGUACGGAUGCACCGACCGAUUAAAGAUGUAAAAGGAGAAAAGC